AUGGGUGCCGCUACUGGAGCGUCAAAAAUGGGCGCGGCGCCGUCAGAGGACAAGAAAGAUGACAAGAAAGAGGAAAAGAAGGAUGAGAAGAAGGAUGAGAAGAAGGAAGAGGAAAAGAAGGAUGAGGAGAAGAAGGAAAAGACCGAGGAGAAGAAAGACGAUGAAAAGAAAGAUGAUGAGAAGAAGGAUGAAGAGAAGAAGGAAAAAACUGAUGAAAAAGACGAGAAGAAGGAUGAUGAGAAAAAGGACGACGAGAAGAAGGAGGAUAAGAAGGAAGAGAAGAAGGAUGAAAAGAAAGAUGAGAAGAAAGAUGAGAAGAAGGAUGAUAAGAAGCCUCAUAUUGAAACAAAACCGGCUGAUACGAUUGAGUUUGAAGCGAAGGCGAAAUGCACAAAGACCGUCACACUUAAAAAUGUGCAUACAAAGAAGAUCAUGUUCAAGCUGAAAAUGUCCGACAACAAUAUUUACACGGUUCAUCCGGUGUUUGCCACUUUGGAUGUUGAUAAGACGGCCGAGGUCACGAUUACCCGAAAGGAAGCGCCCGCCAAGGAAGACAAGAUGUCAAUUGUGAACUCGGAGAUGGUUGGUGAUGAGAAAGACUUGGCGAAGACAUUCAAAGCCGUUAAAUGCACUGGUGGUCCGUUGAAUUUGAAGCUGAUUGCGAAAUAA